GGAGGGCCCAGUGGCCGAGGCUCUUUACACAAUGACGUUUUGCUACUACUUUACACCAUGAGUCAGUCUCACAAGCCUUAUCCACAAAGCAAGAUAAUAAGCAUGAUUGUGUUCCAGCUUUACCCAUCAACGGCAACUUCGGACUCAUCAGCAAAUAGUGAACGGUCGGCAUCCGCGCGUUGUCAAAUGCCGGCUGCGUCUUUUGAUCUUCAGCCCGUGGCAUCCGACCAUAUUCAUGCACGAACUCAUUUGAUAGUUAUCUUAAAAGGCCGCAGUUACUUCUCUUUGAUAGCUCUCCCAUAAUUCCAUGUAUUGAUUUGUAUCCCUGAGAACAUUGGAUAUUCAAUUGAUUUAUUAGAGCUUUCACACCCUUCCCUAGGCCGACAUAGGAGGACAUUAUCAGGACUGCAAUUACUUAACCAGCCUAUCCAUUUCGACAAUAACUCGAAUAAUCCAUCUAAAUUAUUCUCAGCCUACCUUACUUAUCGUCAACCCGAUGGUAUCCUCAACUGCCCCUGGAAGGUCCCCGCUUUCCGGCCGGAGUACCGGGCAGCCGGCCCCGGAACUCCAACGACCAGCACCGAGAUCACUCGGGGAAGCUCUGCGAGCCGCUGGUAUGACAAUUGACGGGCCCAGCCCCGGACUUGGCUCUGAAACCCCGAGUGAAGAGGAUUACGAUGAGAAUGUUCGACCGACCCUGACAGAGCCAUCAGCUGUCCGGCAUCGUUAUGCCCAUCAUGUCCAGCCUCGACCAGAAACCAUAUCCCUGUCUGGCACUGAUUUUGAGAAACUGCAACAGGAGCCCGGGUUGCGCUUCAAGCGUCGUGACUCAGGUAUCCAUCUUGUUCUCGACGAGGAUAAUAGCCUGCAACGACUACUUAAAACCAGCUCAGAGUGGUCACAAGAAUCGACCGGUCCAAAGCAGAGACGUCGAAAGUUCGCCGAUCUUGUCUUCACUAGCCAAUUCUCAGCUUUUGACCGUCAUAGCCCAUCAGCGUCGAACAGUCCAUUUCAUGGGUUUUAUACAUUAUUUUGGCUCGCCGUUACUCUUUUCGUCUUCAAGAUCUCGGCCCAGAACUGGCAAGUCUACGGAAACCCCCUGGGAACGAACGAAAUCGUGCAGACUAUGUUCCAUCGAGAUGUUGUCGUCCUUCUUCUCUCAGAUGGCAUCAUGUGUGCCCUCACAGCAGUGACUUGGAUGAUUCAACGGCUUGUAUCUGCCAACUACCUUAACUGGGAUGGUGCUGGAUGGGUUAUACAGAAUAUGUGGCAAACGGCCUUUCUGGCUGGCGUUGUUGGCCUGACUCUCUGGCGUGACUGGCCAUGGACUCAUACUGUGUUUUUUGUACUUCAUGGCAUCGUCAUGCUGAUGAAGCAACACUCUUACGCCUUCUACAACGGUCACUUAUCGACAGUCUAUAAACAACGUGCCAAGAUAAUGAAGAAGCUUAGGCAACUAGACCUAGUUGAUCCAGCCAUGACCCCAUCGCAGACUGAACCCCCGGCGUCAGCCAUCUCAACACAACAUCUUAGUGUUACCCCUUCUGCCGAAGAGCGCCGAAAGUCCAUCUCAGCGCAUCCCGGCCAGGAAGAAAGUGAUAUAGAUAAGAUUUCACGAGCCAUUGCUUCUCAUCAGCCUUUGGACGACGAGCAAGUUGCUCUCUUUGAACGCAUCAUGAAGUGGGAGGUGGAUGCAAUGACCGACGAACUCAAGGGAACAGCAGCCACCAUAGGCAAAGCUUACCCCAACAAUCUGUCUUUCAUCGAUCACUACAAAUGGAUCCCUCUGCCAACUCUUGUUUAUGAGAUAGAAUACCCACGAUCCGAUUCUAUCGACUGGUCGUACGUAUUGGAGAAGUUUACCGCAAUGUUUGGUGUGCUAUUUGUGAUGGUUCAGGUCUCGCAGCACUCUAUUUAUCCUGUCGUCAUGAAGACGAUCGAGAUGAAGGAGAAUGGCGUACCACUGGCUGGGAGAUUUCAGGAGUUUCCAGGGUUCCUUCUCGAUCUUAUCUUCCCUUUCAUGAUGGAGUACCUGCUUGUCUGGUAUCUCAUAUGGGAAACUAUCCUAAAUAUCCUGGCCGAGUUGACAUAUUUUGCCGAUCGAAACUUUUAUGAUGCGUGGUGGAACAGCGUCUCGUGGGAUCAGUUCGCCCGGGACUGGAAUCGACCUGUUCACGUCUUUCUUCUCCGCCACGUUUAUCAUAGUUCUAUAUCAUCUCUGAAGGUCAACAAGCACACAGCCACACUGAUUACAUUCUUUCUUUCAGCCUGUGUCCACGAGCUGGUCAUGUGGUGUCUAUUUAAGAAGCUGAGAGGCUAUCUCCUGUUCCUCCAGAUGUGCCAACUACCAUUAGUAAGGCUGAGCCGCACCAAGUGGUUGCGUGGGCGCAAGACACUAGGUAACUUGAUCUUUUGGUUGGGUAUUUUUACAGGACCAAGUCUGUUAUGUAGCUUGUAUUUGAUCCUCUGAGCGUACUUCAACCGACGAUAAUUAGAAAUGUCACAUUGAUCUCUAUUCGCGAAGAAAAUCCUCACCACCUAGAC